AUGCAGAGCUACGGCGUCAACUUGCCGCAGGACCAGCAGAUCCGCUUCAGGAGCAAGCCGCGUGCGCCUGUGCCCGCCAGCACCAAGCUCGAGCCGUCGCCCAAUGCUCGCGCUCUCCGCCCCGCCGAGCCGGGCCUGCUCAAGGACCCCAACCUGAGGUUCGCCUUCGGGAGGUGGUCCCCUAGCCUCACGGUCGCGUUCAGGUUCCUCGUCCUCAUUCGAUGGACCUCGGGCAUGUACACGGCCAUCGCAGACUGCGACGAGGUGUUCAACUACUGGGAGCCGCUCCACUACCUCGUCACCGGUCGCGGGUUCCAGACCUGGGAGUACUCGCCGCUGUUUGCGAUCCGGUCGUACUUCUACCUCCUCGUGCACUCGGGCCCGGCCGUUGCACUCCGGGCCGUCGGCUUCCCCGACAAGCGCGUCAUCUUCUUCGGCACGAGGCUCAUGCUCGCCACCUUUUCGUCCUUCGUCGAGGCCGUCUUCUACCGGUCGUGCCACGUCCACAUCAGCACGCACGUCGGCCGUUAUGUCCUGUGGAUGCAGAUGUUCUCGGCCGCCUUCUACUCGUCGGCGACCUCGUUCCUCCCGUCGACGUUCGCCAUGUACUUCGUCAUGCUCGGCGCCGCCGCGAGCCUGUCGCCGGUCCAGGGCGGCUGGAAGCGCAUCUCGUUCGCCGUCAUCGCGUACGCCAUCGCCGGCAUCGUCGGCUGGCCGUUUGCGGUCCUCCUCGGCGUGCCGCUCGUCCUCGAGCAGCUCUUCGUCCGUGGCACGUUGCAGCGCGCGCCCAUCACGCAGUCGGCGCUGUGGACGAUGAAGCGCACGAGGAACUUGGGCAUCGCGCUCGCCCUCGGAGCGUCCGUCGCUAUCCCGGUCAUCCUCGUCGACUCGGCAGCCUACCAGAAGCUCGUCGUCGUCCCGCUCAACAUCAUCAAGUACAACCUGUUCCCUGUCGCCGGCGCCGGCCCCGAGCUGUACGGCACCGAGCCGUGGUACUUCUACGUCCUCAACGGCCUCAUCAACUUCAACCUCCUGUUCCCCCUCGCGCUCGUCGCGCCCCUCCUUAUCCUCGUCACGCUCCGCGUCGACGCCAAGCGCUUCGGCGACGCGCGCGACGUGUCCAAGGAGCAGACGCACCCGGCGACGAGCCUCGCGAUCCGCCUCGUGCCGCUCCACCUGUACCUCGCCGUCCUCGUGCUUCAGAAGCACAAGGAAGAGCGAUUCCUGUUCCCGGCGUACGGCCACGUCGUCCUCAACGCGGCAGUCGGCCUGUACCUCGUCCGUGGCUGGGUCGAGGCCUACUUCCUCAAGGUCACCCAGUCGCCCUACCGUGCGACCCGCACCGGCCUCUUCUCGCACUUGACGCGCGCCGUCAUCAUCCUCAGCGGCCUCCUCUCGUUCGCCCGCAUCUCGGCCCUGCACAACUACUAUCACGCGCCUUUCAACGCCUACCACCACCUCCAGAACUACGAGCUCGCCCGCGUCGCCCUCAUCGCGCACCCCGAGCUCGCGCCCGCCAUCGACCCGUCCCUCCCGCACGCCGAGUUUGCCGAGCUCCUCAACAAGGAGCAAGCGCUCGACACGCGCGAGGCCCUGAGCCCGCUCAACCUGCGCCUGUGCGUGGGCAAGGAGUGGCACCGGUUCCCGAGCAGCUGGCUCGUGCCGGACGAGGUCGAGACGAGGUGGAUCCAGAGCGCGUUCGACGGCAUCAUGCCCGCCGUGUGGGAGGCGCCCGGGAAGGGCAAGGGCUUGUUCGGUCGCGCGACGGCGACGGUGCCCGAGGGCAUGAACAUGUUCAACCGGGCUGAGGAGGGCCGCUUUGUCGACCCUUCUACGUGCUCCUACCUCGUCGACCUUGACUUUCCCCAACGCCCGUCGUCCACCUUCUCGCCUCUCGAGCCGCGUUACGCCGUCUCGGACGAGUGGAUGCGCGUCUCGUGCCACCCGUUCCUCGACGCCGAGAACUCGCCGCGGUUGCAGCGCGCCAUCAACUUGCCCCUGCCCGGGUGGUCCAAGUCGCUUCAGUGGGGCGACUACUGCCUCUUGCGGCGCAAGGGCCUGCUCGAGGAGGUCCGGGAGAAGGUCUAGUGCGGCGGGCGAGGGUCGGUAGACAGGGCAGCCGAGGGCGAGGGCUCGAGUUUGGCACACAAAAUCGCAGUUACAUCGUUGCCUCUCUC